GCUGUUUCCUCCUGGUUGAACUCUGCUGUUGACAGCAAAGCUGAACUUCGACCAGUCGUCGGCGCUAGAAGUAGAAACGAUUCUUGCUGCGAGCAGGGUAUUCUAUUCUGCCAUGGAGAUCACGUUUGCUGCAAAGCGCGCGCUGGUGACGGGGGCGGGAAAGGGCAUCGGUCGCGCAACCGUGCUGGCGCUGGCACGCUGCGGGGCAGAGGUCACGGCUGUCACACGCACCCAGGCUGACCUGGAGAGUCUCGUGCGCGAAUGCCCCUCUGUCACACCCGUGUGCGUGGACCUGUCCGACUGGGGGGCCACGGAGGCGGCGCUGAAGAAAGUCGGUCCCGUGGACUUGCUCGUGAACAAUGCCGCCUGCGCGAUGCUGCAGCCUUUUCUGGAGGUCACGGAGGAGCAGUUUGACAUGUCUUUCAACAUCAAUGUGAAAGCUGCUCUACAUGUUGCCCAGCUGGUGGCUCGUGGCAUGAAAGAGCGCGGUGCCGGCGGCUCCAUAGUCAACGUCUCCAGCCAGGCCUCCCAGAGUGCACUGCGGGACCACGCCGUCUACUGUGCCAGCAAGGGAGCGUUGGACAUGCUGACUAAAGUCAUGGCAAUGGAGCUGGGACCGUAUCAGAUCCGUGUUAAUUCCAUUAACCCUACGGUGGUGAUGACAGACAUGGGCAGGAUCGGCUGGAGUGACCCGGAGAAGGCCCGUGGCAUGACCUCACGCAUCCCACUCGGGAAAUUCGCAGAGGUUGACGACGUGGUGAACUCCAUCCUCUUCCUCCUCAGUGACAAGAGCGCCAUGACCAAUGGGGUGAUUCUGCCCAUCGACGGAGGCUUCCUGGCCUGCUGACCUCACUUCCUGUCUGUAAUGUGGCGGCUCCUGAAGGGUUAGCGGGGGUAGCGCUGAAUCAUGCUCACUCAUGGCAGCUCUGCUCCAAAUAGACACUUGCGGUCAAAUCAUUUGUUACUGAUCCAGAGAAUAGUUGCCUGGUCAUGUUGUCUGCAGAGUGGAGACUAGAGAGAGCUCUAGGUAGUCUGUUGCCAAUUCACCCAUCAUGAAUUUGGUUAGUGUUGAAUCGCUAUGUGAGCUGCUUUUUAAUCAAAAAUCCUGACCAGCGUUACUUACAGUACAAUGUUGUCAAUCAUUAUCACACAUUAUAUUGUGAUCUUGUAACACUAAUCAGCAAUAACACAGGCUACAAAAUGCAAGCCAUUAUGUAGCUUAGCCUUAGCAGGUUUGUUUAAGGACAACUGGAGUGAAGGUUAAUCAUUGUCAAUCAGCCAUUAACAUCAUCUUUAAAAGCAAUGUGAGAAUAAUAUAGUUUGACCUGUCUAAUGUGAAAUUAAAAAGAGAGAUUGGUUGAUCUUCUGCCUUUUCCACUGGA